CGUCGUCUCGUCGGAGAAAGAUGUCGUUGAUGGAUAAUCUAUUAGGUAUCCUCCGCGUUCGAGUAAAACGCGGUGUCAACCUCGCUGUACGUGAUGUCUCUAGUAGCGAUCCUUACGUCGUCCUCAAGCUAGGUCGCCAGGUUCUGAUCUCUCUAUCUCUCUGUCUCUCUCGAUUUUUCACGAACUCAGAAUGCAAAAAAAAAAAACCUUUUUGUGUGCAGAAACUCAAAACUAGAGUGGUAAAGAAAAACAUAAACCCACAAUGGGAAGAAGAUUUAACAUUCACAGUCACCGACCCUAAUCACCCGCUCACUCUGAUUGUGUACGACCACGACCUAUUCAGCAAAGACGACAAAAUGGGAGACGCAGCGAUCGAUUUGAAACCGUACAUAGAAGCCUUACGAAUGGAGCUGUCCGGUUUACCAGAAGGAACCAUCAUAACAACGAUCGGUCCGAACCGCGGAAACUGCUUAGCUGAAGAAAGCUACAUCCGUUGGAUCAACAAUAGAAUCGUUCAGAACAUUUGUCUCCGACUACGUAACGUCGAGCGUGGUGAAGUCGAGAUCGAACUCCAAUGGAUUGAUCUCCCCGGUUCUAAAGGCUUGUAAACCAAAAAAAAUUAUAUACAACUGUAUUUGAUGUUACCUUAUUGGGCUUAUUACUCCUAAAUGGGGCUAAGCCCAUUAUAUAUAUUAUAAAGCCGAUCAACACGAGAGUCCGGUUUGGU